AUGACUUCCAUCCUUCAUGCUUGCCCAUACUGCGGGUAUGAAACAGAAAUCGUUAAUGCACUUCCCGCAUUCUCAGAGAACCCACAUUGUCAACAGUGUGGAUUGUCUGUCAUGGAAAGCAAUUGCAAGGUGGACCAUGACCUUGCGGCCCUUUUCGCCCGCCAGAUGGUAAUGGUGCACGGCUCUCGAGACCAUACUCCUAUUCCUCCGGCAACACCCGCUACCCUCAAUCCAUCCGACUCUCCGAUGCUCUCAGAUCCACCCCCGAUUGCAUAUAGCAUUACCCAGCACUAUCACCACUCUUCGCACCAAGCAAUGGAUUCCCAGAGGCCAAAAUUGGACGUCCAGAGAACCCCAGUACAAGCGAGGCCCUCCAUAAUGGAGAACAUGCCGCCCAAUGAAAUCCUGGCCCGACAUAAUAUCAACCCAGGUACUUUGUUGCCGUCUCAGCUUACCCUAUUCGAGCAAGCCGACAUAGACCAGAAGGCGCGUCUACUUGAAUUGUGGCAAAUAUCCCCUUCAACUUUCGGAAAUAUCUCAUCUCUUCAAGCAUCAAAUAGCGCCGUUACUAGUGCAGCUCAUAACCAGGGUUGCAAUAAAUAUGACGCAACAAAUGAGACGCCCGACUUUCAAAGUGAUAUUACAAUGGAUGAGGAUAGCGCCGAUUCUUAUGAUAUGCACCAUGCAGAGCCCUACGUGGUUUCGGGCUAUGAAGUCCUGGCGCGGAGGGAAUACGAUGCAUCUGCCCAGCCGCAAUCUGAACUCUCGGUUUUGCCGAUCAACCCCCCCACAGAUGUUUAUAAAGCCUCCACCGACCCGGCGUAUAAAAAGGAAGACUGGUGGCAAAGCUCCGAACCUGUUGAGCAUCAAUACGGUGCGUUUGAGAUGAAAAACUACUACAUUGGCUGUGGGGUUGCACGGCCACAUUGGCUCGAGGAUCAGCCUAUGUUCUGA